CAGCAGGAUGACUCGUAAAUUUUGCGACAGGACGUACAACCACCGGCUUGCCGUCGCUGCUGCCUCAUCUCCGCUGGAAAAAAAAAAACUGUGCAUCGGGGAGGAAAAAGAAAACAAAUGCAGUGUGUUUAUGUUACAGCCAGUUGUUUAUAAUGUGAUAAAAUGCUCCAGUCAUCCGAGAUUCAAACACUGGCUUUGUUGGUAAGGAGGAAGACGUCGUAGUGUUGCAUAGUCUUGUUGCAUUUGAAGAAGAAAGCCUUUCUGAGCACCAGAGACACAACCAGCAGCCACAUCACAAUCCUGAGAGCUCGUCUUAGCUCAGCUACCAAAUGAUGCGAACAACCUCCCCAGAAGCAGCACUCGCAGAGGACUCAACCUGUACCUGGGACUCCUGUGCACAGUGCUGGGCUCCUGUAGCCCACCCAUGCCUGUGAUCCCCAUCCCUCGGCGGGUGCGCAGCUUCCAUGGCCCCCACACCACCUGCAUGCACUCGGCCUGUGGGUCGACGCACGCUACCAAGCUAGUGCGCACCAAAUACAAUAACUUUGACCUCUACCUGCGCUCACGCUGCAUGUACAGCUUCCUCCGUUUCCUCCUCUACUUUGGCUGCAGUCUGCUGACCUCUCUGCUGUGGGUGGCGCUCUCCACGCUCUUCUUUCUGCAGUAUGUCAGCGUGCGUGUACUCCUGCGCCUGCAGUACAAGCUUUCUGUCAUUCUGCUUUUGUUGGGGCAUCGGCGCCUGGACUUUGGGGUGCUUAAUGACCUGAUCAUCUACAGCAUGCAGAUCACCAUGUUUCUGGUGGGGGGGCUCGGCUGGUGCUUCAUGGUGUUUGUGGACAUGUAGCUGCAAUGUGAUCGACAUGGGAAGUGUAGUGUGUGAUGUAGAUGCUUCACAUUGUAACUUCAGCGUUGUGUGGUGUUAUGGGACAACAUCCACCGUUAGUAUGUCCUCUAGGACUGCCCCAUAUGACACUCGGCUCUGGUCAAAAAGACCCUUUUGAUGUCAACUCAUAAAACCUUAUUGGUUUAGUGUCGGGUAUGACAGAACCCAGUAGGAAUUUGUGUAACAUUUGUGUGGACAGUCCUCUAAAACCAGUUUUCAGAAAUUAUGAAGUCAGUCUGAACAUAAGAGUCAGACUUGAGUCAUCAUGUUGAACUCAGAGGACCAAAAGGGUCAAAGUCUCUGACAUUUAUAUUGUAUUUUCAUGCCAUUUGUAAACUGUUUUCAUACACGUUGAAGGGCAUCUUGAGUAGAAACUCAAAAGUCAACGUUGCACGGAAAAGUGACCUAACAUAUGACUGAUGUGCAUCAUGGUUAUGUGAUGCAAGACAGUCAUUUGUGCCAAAAUAACACAAGUAGGGACUCCAAAAGCAAAAUUGUACCAUCAUUCCAAGGUUUAGACAAGCCUUAUUGAGAUGAUGUUGUCUCUUAACACAAUGUCAUGUAAAACCGCACACAGAUGCAGAUGAUAUACAGUAACUUAUGGUGGAUGAAGUGACCAAAAACAAGUGUCAACAAUGUGUGUAAUGUUGUCUUGUGGAAAGGGUGGGGCAGAAUGGGGUGGGG